CGCGCAUCCGGACGGCUUCAAUUUGCACAAGUAACUGGUCGACCAAGCGUAAUGUCCAAGCGGUCGGUGGAGCUCUCGUUCGAUGCCAAGCAGGCCGACUCGGCGCCCGUCCUCGUGUCCUUCCGCGGCGGCCCACCCAAGGUUUCGUCCGACUUUCACUUUCAAAUGUAUGAAAACGCGGCCAAGAAGCGCAAGAUUGUGGUCGCCGAUGCGGACAAGGUGUCGUACCAGGCCGCCAACUUUGGCCACGGCAACGCCAACAACGACCUCUCGAGCUACGUCGUCGGCGUCUUUGACAAGGCGACGCAGAGCGUCCAGCUCUACAAUGUCGACCAGCUCUACGUGUUGCAGCAGUCGGUCCGCGGCUUUCGCGAGCGCGUCGACGAAAACACGCAAGACGACAAGUCGUAUGCGCAGCGCACGGCCGAGCUCGUCAACGCCUUUGGUUCCAAGGUCAGCAAGCGCAUUGUCAAGAGCCGCGAAGACAACAAGGUCCAAGUUGGCAACAUCACGGGCGCCAGCGCGAUCACGCAAGCGCUCACGCAAAAGGCCGUCUCGACUGCCGAAGAGCUCGCGCUCAAGCGCGCCAACGACCCCAAGUACACGCCGGAUUCGGGGGCCAUGGAUGCGACGCGUGCGGCCGUCUUGCCGCCGUGCAACCUUGAUGCGGUCACGCCCGACAAGGUCUACGACCUCGAAAAGUUUUUGAACGCUGAUGUGAUGGAAUCGCUGUACCUCAAGGCCGACGAGCUCAUCGGUCUUCUCGAGACAUGUCCGCUCACCGAGUUUUUGGACAAGAACCAAGUGCCGGCGGCCGCUUACAUUCGCCAGGUCAUGACGACGCUGCCCAAGCCAUUCGACCGCAAGAAGGUGGCGCUCAUGCUCUACGUCAUGUACCUCGUGCAAUUCUUCCACGCGCGCUUCCCGAUGCACGCGACCCCCGCGGACUUGAGCGUGACGCUCAACAUCCCGCACGUGGUCAUCGAGCAGGUCCUCAGCACGUUUGCCGAGACCGUUGUCGGUUCCAAUGGCAAGGCGAGCUAUGCGCAGUCCAAGAUGCUCAAGGACAAGCUGCUUUUGUACCUGCUCGUGGUCGCCUUGACGAUCGGCGGCUUCAGCUUGGAUUUGACGGCGAUUGCGGCCGACCUCAAGCGCGCUCCAUCCAACUUGGCCCAAUAUGCCCGCAUGAUUGGGUGUCGGACAGACGCGGUCAAGGCCGAGGGGGGGCUGUACGCCAAGAGCUCGGCGGUCAAGGACAAGAAGACGAUGGCGACGCGCGCGGUGCUCUCGGUGCCGCUCGUCUUCCCGACGGCCAAGAAGGGCUCGAGCCGCCGUUAAGCGACGUGGAGCGAGCUAAUCUACUAGUGUACUACAUUUAUAUCCACAACAACGUCAACCAAGAUAUGUAAGCGAUGCAAG